AGGUGGUUGUCGUGUCAGAGCCUUGCAUUCCUGGCUGAGCUGCGCCCGUGUUUGCAUGCGGAGCCAUCGCCUCCCCUCCAACUAUUUUAGUCAUUUCAGAAAGGGUGGGUCAGAGGCAUUUGGCAGCGGGUCCUUUGCUGAGGUGGAGUCAGCCAAUGACCUGCAAGCCUGGAGGCUUUAGCAGGGCCCUUUGGCUGGAGGGCUCUGCGGGGCUGUGCCAUUUGCAGCGCAGCGCAGGCAUCCCCACGCUGCGCUCCCCGUUCCUGGCGCGGCUCCCAGCGCAGGGUUUAGCUGAGGCUCGGGUUUAGCUUCCCCUCCUCUCUGUCCCUGCAGUGACAGCUUCCCGGGCUCUGCUCGCCGCGACUCCCGAGCCGUCAUGGAGGAGACGACUCUGCAGAUCAUCGAAGCACCGACCGUUUCUGAGGCCUCCGAGGAGCCCGUGCCCGAAGAACCCAUCAAACCGGACCAGAUCAAUGGCGUGAUGGUGCUGACCCUUCUGGACAAGAUCAUUGGAGCGGUGGAUCAGAUCCAGCUGACCCAAACGCAGCUGGAGGAGAGACAGCAAGACAUGGAUAGCGCCGUGACCAGCAUCCAGGGAGAGCUGACCAAGCUGACAAAGGCUCACACCACCACCAGCAACACCGUGAACAAGAUGCUGGAGAAGGUGCGUAAGGUGAGCGUGAACGUGAAGACGGUUCGGCAGAACCUGGAGAAACAAGCGGGGCAGAUAAAGAAGCUGGAGGCCAACGAAGCAGAGCUCCUGAAACGCAGGAACUUCAAAGUCAUGAUCUACCAGGAUGAAGUGAAGCUCCCGUCUAAACUGAGCAUCAGCAAGUCUCUAAAGGAGGGCGAAAAGCUGGAGAAGGAAGGUGAGGCUGAAGAGGGGCCUGUGGGUGAGGACCACGCAGAGGAGGACCACAUCCAGCUCUCCUCAGAUGAAGAGGUGGAGAUUGAAGAGAUUAUUGAAGAGUCACGGGCAGAGCGCAUCAAAAGGAGCGGCAUGAAAAGAGUGGAUGACUUUAAGAAGGCAUUCUCGAAGGAGAAGAUGGAGAAAACGAAGCUAAAGACCAAGGAAAACCUGGAGAAGACCCGCCACAACUUGGAGAAGACCCGCCACAACCUGGAGAAGAGGAUGAAUAAACUGGGCACCAAGAUUGUGACUAACGAAAGGAGGGAGAAGAUGAAGACCUCUCGGGACAAGCUGAGGAAGUCUUUCACCCCGGACCACACCAUCUACGCCAGGUCCAAGACAGCCGUCUACAAAGUGCCACCCUUCACUUUCCACGUCAAGAAGAUAAGAGAGGGCGAGGUGGAAGUGAAAGCCACGGAGCUGGUGGAGGUGGGUGGAGAGGAGGGAGAAAACUCGGAUCUGAUGCGUGGGGAGAGCCCCGAGACGCACACGCUGCUGGAGAUCACGGAGGAGUCGGAUGCGGUACUGGUGGACAAGAGCGACAGCGAGUAGGCCGGGGCUGCAGCACGGAAGGGUUGUGGACGGCGGCUGAACACGUAUUCACUCACAUUCAAGAGCUCUCUCUGCCCCUGGCGCCCCAGGGCAAGUGUACACGAUGCAUCUUUACUACCCCGCCGAGCC